AUGCAUUCUAUUUCAACAUCGACCAUCAUCUUUACAUUAGUCUGUGCCCUCUUAUGCGUCGCAGAUGCAAUUCAAUCACCACCACCUCUCUCCUCAUGGACCGGCUGCGUGCCAUAUGGGCCACUUUUGCCGCGUCCGACUAAUCUGGCAAAUGCCAAGAUUAUUCAGAAUGCAACGGCUAGUCUGAGUAAGAGCCUUGACAAAGCUCUAGCAGGCAAGAUUAAGGCUGGGUUUGACGUGGACAAGACGUCGUUCUCAUUAGGAUUCAUCUCUCAGCGAGGAAAGGACACCAGUUCUACAAAAGAUGGCCUUGUUUGGUCAUAUCAUCACCUUGGGAAGAAUAACAUCAAUGGAACGAAAAUCGUCGAUGAGAACUCGCAGUAUUUGAUUGGAUCAGUAUCCAAAUUAUUCACGGACAUCUUGUUGCUGAAGUCAAACAUCAACUUGGAUGAUCCUAUAACCAAAUACUUGCCAACUCUUCAGGGAUCCCAGUCAUUGAUCCAGUGGGACAACAUCACACUAUCCGCUUUAUCCAAUCAUCUCGCAGGAAUACCUUCGAAUCUUCCUUCCUCAUUCGACUACUAUUCUUUACACUCAGUCUACGAGCAGCUCGGGUUCCCAGUUCUUAGCAAUGCAAGCUACCCCGAAUGUGGGGUAACUGGCCUUAACCGCGCAUGCGAUGAAACACAGAUACUCAAGAUGAUGAGUAGCGCGCUGCCUGUGGAGCUGCCCUAUAGCCAGCCAGUUUACUCUUCUGUGGCCUUCACAUUACUCGGUUUGGCCUUGGACGCUGAAACAGACAAAGCCUACAGCCACUUAUUGAAUGAAACAAUCAUCGAGCCGCUUGGUAUGAAAAAUACGGGCGUCUCUCCUGGGGUAUAUGACCAAGCAGUCAUCCCUCCUCUACCUGCCGGAGAGCAAGGAUGGGGAGCGGAUUAUGGAGCCAAUGCCCCGGGUGGCGGACUCUAUUCUUCUCUGGGUGAUCUAUCGAUCUUGAUGAGAAGCAUCUUAGACUACACCAUUCUUGGUACCCCAGACCAAGUCCGACAAUGGCUUAAGCCGCAAUCAAUGACGUCUUCAAUCAACAAUCUAGUUGGUCGGCCAUGGGAAAUACAGAGAACAGAGAAUCUAGUUCCCAAUAAUCCACAUACAGUGGACAUCUUUGCGAAAAGUGGCGGAGCACAGGGCUAUGUGUCCCAGUUCUCGGUUGUCGACCAGUAUGGGGUUGGCUUUAUUGUUCUAACAGCCGGCCCCAGAGAAGCGCCAACUGCGUCAAUCCUAAACGAAGCCAUCAUCUCAGCCUUAAUCCCCGCGGUUGACGCGGAAGCUCGUCGACAGGCAGAAAGAUAUACCGGGACUUAUACGCCAGUGUUUUCCAUCAGCACGGAAACAGCUGAUCCUGAAUUCUCGCCCAAGUUGGUACUAUCUAUGGAUAAUGGAACAGGCAUCAAGCUAGAAUCUUUGUCAAGAAGUGGAUCUGAUAUACUGAAAGGUAUUCAAAAGAUCUGGGCCUCGCUCUUGCCCCAAGUUGGUAUUUUGAAUCCCGAUAUGCGCAUAUAUCCUACUGAAAUUGAACGACCGGUCGAGAACCAAAAUGACGUGGUCUAUCAAGACUGGCGGAUCAGCUUUGAUAUCGUACCUUCUGACAAUGCUGCUAUUUCUGAUCUACCAGGACAGGGAAAACUGUCGAAUAUGUGUUCCUCUUGGCAGACUGUCGACUGGCUUUACUAUGGUGGAAAAGCUCUUGACCGCAUUGUCUUCAAAGUCAACAAGACAGAUGGAACCGUAAUUGGGGUUAAUAUUCCGUUUUUACGGAGUGGAUUGCUUGCAAAAAUGUGA